AUUGAAAGCAGCAGAGAGCGGUGUGAGAGCCAAUCAGCGAGGGGAGUGAGGGGAUGAAGCAUCUCGGAGGCAGUAGCGGGGAAUUAGAGAAUCAUUAGAGAAGUCACAUUUGUAUUGAAGAGAGACGUUAUUGUGCACCGUGCAUGGCUGAUAUCGUUAUUGUGGCUGCUCGGUCGCUUACGACUUUAUUGUGUGCAAUUUUGGGCUAAUAUAGCGAUGCGCUGGGGCUCUCCUGCCCCAAAGUGACUGCUUACUGUAUCUGUGCGAUGUUUGAAGUGACCUAGGGCGAAAUCUCUAUUCCAGUGCUGGAGAGAUCUGUAUCGCAAGCAAUACACACACAGUGCGAUCCAGUGAUGCGAUCUCGGCGCAGGGACCUGCUGAUUGAAUGGGAGUGACACUACAUAAUACCUACAGCAGCACCCUCCCUUCUCCCACAUUUGGCAGUGUAACUGCAGGGCGAUAUGGAGCAGCAGGGAUUGGCUUUCAUUGUGUUCCUAAAGUGGCUCCUCUAUGUACCCCCAGGGGCAGACUCAGCUACAUUAUACCCCCUGAGAUGUGAGGGCCAUUCCUGCAACCCCCCUGUUGUAAACCUGGCCGCAGGCAGAACCCCCCUCACCCUCAGCACAUGUGGGAAGAAUAUCACAGAAACAUUUUGCUCCUACCCCGAGCAGCCCCCAUCUGAGCAGGUUCCAUCCUACUGCGGGCAGCCCAAGUGCGACAAAUGCAGCGUUAACCAGCUGAAAAAUUCCCACCCACCUUCCUACAUGACAGACGAUGUCUUUUCAAAACCUGCAACCUGGUGGCAGUCAGAACAGGGCAUCCAGAGAGAAGAAAUAAGGCUGGAUUUUGGGACAGUGGUUUACUUAACACAUGUUAUUAUGGUUUUCAAGUCUCCCCGACCCGCAGCCAUGAUUCUGGAGAGGUCUCAUGAUAACGGGAAGAACUGGAGACCCUAUAAAUACUUUGCCACCAAUUGCACAGCCACGUUUGGCCUUCAGGAUGAUUUAGCAGAAGAAGGAACUCUUUGCACUUCCAGGUACUCAAGUGCCUGGCCUUGUACCCGGGGGGAGGUGAUAUUUCGGGCCCUAACCCCAGCCAAUAGGAUUGAGGACCCCUACAGUCCCCAGGCACAGGACCUCCUGAAAAUUACCAACCUUCGGCUGCUUCUCUUAAAGAGACAGGAGUGUCCCUGCCUGGCAGUGCCUGAAAGCCGCGAGAAGCCACACUGGUUUGCCCACUAUGCCAUCUAUGAUCUGAUUGUGCGAGGCAGCUGCUUCUGUAAUGGGCACGCAGAGCAUUGUCAGCAGGUCACACAUACCCACGGCGCACAAACUGUGGUCCAUGGCAAGUGUGUAUGCCAACAUAACACAGCAGGAGACCACUGUGAGAGGUGUGCCCCUCUGUACAACGACCAGCCAUGGAGACCAGGAGAUGGGAAGACAGGGGCUCCCAAUGAAUGCAAGCGUUGUCGCUGCCACAAUCAUGCACAUAGCUGCCACUUUGACCUCAGUGUCUGGCUGUCCUCGGGCAGGACAAGUGGAGGAGUCUGUGAGAACUGCCAGCACCACACUGAGGGAGACCGCUGCCAGAGGUGCCAGCCUGGGUACUACAGGGAUCCCAAGGAGCCCAUGGCAUCACCAGCAGCCUGCAAGGAAUGUUUCUGCCACUCGACUGGUUCUGCCCCUUUUGCACUGAAUGGGAGCUGGAAGUGCCAUCCCAGAACAGGAUUCUGUUACUGCAAACCCGGUGUAGCAGGACCCUAUUGUGAUGCCUGCAGGAGGGGAUUCUGGGGAUUCAGCGAGAGAGGCUGCCGCCCUUGUGACUGUGCCAGCCACUGUGACCCACACACAGGAAAAUGCCCACACAGUCAAAAGAAUGAGCACCUACUGAGCAUUCCUAUUGGUGGAAAAAUAUAUGAUGUUCUUGACGCUCCAGCCAAUGAAAGUGAGGGAGAGUGGAAAUGGAACGGCGAGCAAGGCUUUUCCGCCCUGAGAUAUCCAGAGAAGUGCAUCUGCAAGGAGCAGACGUUUGGGCCCAUUACAGAACUCUGCAAGGCCCAGUAUGCGUAUGUGAUAAAAGCGAGGAUCCUUUCGGCACAUGACAAGGGCACGCACGCUGAAGUGGUGGUGAAAGUGAAAAAGGUGCUGAGAUAUGGAAAAGUCACUAUAGCCCGAAGCAAAAUGAGCAUCUACCCAGAAUCCUGGACCAACCGCGGCUGUACUUGCCCAGUUCUGAACCCUGGUAUGGACUACCUCAUAGCCGGGGCGGAGGACAAGCGCAGCAAUAAGCUGUUGGUCAACAUGAACAGCCUGGUCAAGCCCUGGAAAGCAAAUUGGGCAAGGAAGGCAAUGGAUAUGAUUCAAUCAGGUUGCAAGCAGGCCAGUCGGGCAUAACGCAACAAAGGAAGCCAUUGUCUUUAUCCAUCAUUGUUCUGUCUCUCCAUGUAACAAACGAACGUUCUAAUAGCCUUCUGUGGUUGAUCCCCAUCUCAUGUGCGUAUGGACUAUAAAUGGUGGGUCCAACAGUUCCCAAAAGUUUGUGAACUUUUUAAAAAUCUUAUAUAUUUUUCUAAAAAUGUGACCUAAAACAUAUGAUGAAGAAAACCUAGUUAAACAAAUGAAACUAAAAAUAUUAUAUUUGGUUGUGUAUUUAUUGGAAAAAAUGAUCCAAUAACAUAUCUGCAUGUGGCAAAAGUAUGUGAAUCCUUAGUAUUAUCGUAGAAUUUGAAGGUCUGGUGUUUUUAGGCAAUGCCAAUGACAAUCAGGUGUGAGUGAGAGACCCUGUUUUAUUUAAAGAACUGGAUCCAACAAAGCCUGAUCACACACACGACACAUUUGUGGAUGGGUAUCAUGGCUCGAACAAAGAUGGUGUCUGAGGACCUCAGAAAAAGAGUUGUUGCCCAUAAAGCUGGAGAAGGUUACAAGACAGAUGGGGGAAAUUCAAGUUUCCCUAACCAGAAGUGAUUGCCCCUCAAAGAUAACUCCAACUGCAAGGUGGCUAAUAGUCCAAGAGGUUACAAAGGAACCCAGGGGAACUUCUAAGCAACUGAAGGCCUGUCUCACAUUGGAGAAUGUUGAUUUUCAUGAGUCCAUCAUCAGGAGAACACUGAACAGCAAUGGUGUGUAUGGCAGGGUAGCAAGGAAAAACCACUGCGCUCCCCCAAAAAUAUUGCUGUUUAUAGUUUGCUAAAGGUCAUGUGGACAAACCAAAAGGAUACUGGAAGAAUGUUUUGUGGAACUUUUUGGCUUAAAUGAGGAGCGUCACAUUUGAAGAAUGGUUUUCACCACUGCAUAAGAAUCUUAUGCCAUCUGUGAAACGUUGGUAGGAAUGCUCUGGUUUGGGCCUGUUUCUCUGCAUCUGGGCCUGGACGGCUUGCCAUCGAUGGAAAAAUGAAAUCUGAACUAUACCGAGAAUUCUAAAGGAAAACGUCAAGACAUCUGUCCAUGAACUGAAUCUCAAGAGACAGUGGGUCAUGCAGUGAGACAAUGAUCCUAAAUAAACAAGCAGUUCUACCAAAAAAA